AUGUCUCAAGAAGAUAUUAACGACUUGAUAGAUAGGGAGCCGAUUAGAGAAAGCGAUUUUCACCCUGAUGCCCCAUGGAACCAAUUGAUCACGGACUCUGAGGUUGAGGAGUCCCUGGCCAAUGGUAUGAAUGAUUAUGAGGAUAAUGAGGAGAAUGGUGAGUACGAGAACGAUGAUGAGUAUGAUGGCGAUGUGGAAAAAGAGGAUGAUGAGGGUGAUGAGGGUAAAGAGAGCGGCAAGGGCGGCGUGGGCGGCAAGAGUGGCGUGAGCGGUAGGGGCGGCGUGAGCGCUGAUCAGGAUGAUAUCGAUGAUCCUUUCGCGCCGUGGAACAAGUAA